UUCCUUUAAUACUUUGAACUUUCUCCAAAAUUAUCUUUAGCAACCCAGUUUAGUCGCCGUACUCCUUACUCGUCCUCUGGAUAGAACAGACACGGAAGAAAGAUCUUCGUUUCCCUUAUUCCAUCCUUUAAACCAAUGGAUUUGGAUGAGGGUGCUGAAGCAAUAGAGAGCUUUACAGGAGGGGAGACAGUGGCAGUUCCAUGUGAAGGAGACUCAAUUGUAGAACCACAUGAAGGUAUGGAGUUUGAAUCUGAAGAUGCUGCCAAGAUAUUUUAUGACGAAUAUGCACGGCGGGUAGGCUUUGUUAUGCGUGUGAUGUCUUGCCGUCGAUCUGAAAGAGAUGGGAGGAUUCUUGCUCGUCGGCUUGGAUGUAAUAAGGAGGGUUAUUGUGUUAGUAUUCGAGGUAAAUUUGGCCCUGUCCGAAAGCCCCGGCCAAGCACGAGGGAAGGCUGUAAGGCAAUGAUUCAUAUUAAGUUCGAUAAGUCUGGAAAGUGGGUGAUAACGAGAUUUGUAAAGGACCAUAAUCAUCCACUUGUAGUCGCUCCACGUGAGGCUCGUCAAACAAUGGAUGAAAAGGAUAAGAAAAUUCAAGAACUAACUGCUGAGCUGCGGAAUAAGAAACGACUAUGUGCAGCAUAUCAAGAACAACUGACUGCAUUUAUGAAAAUCGUUGAGGAGCAUAGUAACCAACUAUCAAAGAAAGUACAAAAUGUAGUCAACAACUUGAAGGAAUACGAAUCUAUAGAACUGGAGCUAUUGCAACAUAGAUAGCCUCAGUCAUUUGUGUGUGUAUGCCAUCACCCUUUUCUACUUAAAGCUCUGUCAUCAUAUCUAGUUGAUAAAUAUCAUCUGAUAGAAACUUCCGGAUCAGUUGAUCCGAAUGUGUCAUAUAAUUUGUUCAUUUAUAACUGUUAGAUUUUCUUUUUAUGUUUCAUUUGUGGGUGUAGCAGAGCUGUGUAAACAUAGGGCUUCCAAGUGCAAAUACAGAGAUGAGAAGAGCUGUUAUUUAAUUCAAAGUUAGUGAGGGUUAGGGUUGUAUCUAGAGUGCCCCAGUGAAGGCAUUGCAAUUGGGGACAGACAUUUUUCUUUUUUUGAGUAAGGGAACCAACAAUUUUUGUGCGUAAAGAACAUUCUUGAGUAUUUGAAGGGAGGUCCUUUUACAGUUAUGGUAAUGUGAUGAAGACAGUAAGAGGUAUGCUUUUCCUCACAGCUUCCUCAUGAUGUGGUCCUGACUACAUAUGCUAUUUUUCUGUUAAACUUUGAAUAAUGCUUUAGCCACAAUGAUUUAAAACCUGAAUUACCUUUGGUACAUUUUGAUUCUCCAGCCAGAUUGUGUUUAAUCAUGUAAAGUAUUGGAAAAUACUUAUUUCUGGAAUGAUAUAUUGAUCUUUUAUUUGUAUGUUCAUUUACUCCUAAAUGCACAAGCUAUGCUGUUUUAA